AUGCAGGACCUCCUGCUGCUGGCCCAGCUGGCGGCGCAGCUCCAGCCCAAAAUGCAGACGCAGAGCUACGUGCCCAAGGUCACGCCCGCCACAAGCAACGCGGUGCCGCAACCUGCGCCAGCUGGCGCGGGCGCACAGCAGCUGCCCACUCCCACCACUACUGCUUCAGCCAGCGCCCAGCCCACACCCGCGCAGCCAGGUGGCGCCGCCGCCGAAGGCAACGCUGCUGCCAUCCAAGCGCCCUCACCACACGCUCCCCAGCCUCGACCGCCCGUGGCGGCCAGCGGCGGCCAGGGUCCCGCUCCUCCCUUCGUCGGGUUCACAAACGGCGCCGGCGCUCCUCCGCCUGCAGGAGGUCGCGGCCGUGGAAUCCCGCCCCGCACGCAAUCCGCUCCACCCAAUCUCAAGGAGCAGAAGCAAGCCGCCAUAUUUAUUCCAGCCAGAGCCACGCCCAACCCUGCUGCCUUCCCAGGCGCUCCUUACUAUCCUGGAGUGAGUCCAACGCAUCCCUACGCGCCACCUGGCCAGGGUGGCGUUCCCCCUCCGCGCGGUGCCAUCUACCAGCCCCCCACGCAUGGCCGAACUCAAGUGCCCCCCGGCCCUCAGGGCGGCCCGCCCCAGGGCGGUAUGGGCGGCCCUCCUCCUCAUGCGGGCCAGGUGGGCGGCCCUCAGAUGGGUCCCCAACAGCCGAUGGGUCCCCCCUCCGGCUACGUGCCGGGACAUCGAUUGCCGCCAUUCGUGCCUGGCCGCGGUCCCUACAUGCCGCGUGGCCCUGGAAUGCAACAGAUGCCGCCCCCGCAUUCGAUGCCCAUUCAGAUCCCUCAACAGAAGCGCCGCAGCAGCCGUAUCGCCAUUAUCGACCCUCAGACGGGCCAAGAGGUGAACACCUCGCCUCCCAAGGACGACUUGCCCGGUGAAUCCUCGGGCUCGGCCGGCACCUCGCCCUACCAGCACUCGCCCCCGAGCUCGGGCCUGCGACCGACCGGCGGCAUCAUGGGUCACCCCUACGCCCCCGGAGGCUCGUCGCCCUCGCGUCAGGCGCCGCCCUUCAAGCCCGACAUGGGCGCUGCCGACUUCAGCGACUCCGAGCAGUUCGCGCCCAACCAUCCCUACGCGCCCGGGCGUAGCGCUGCCAUCCCCAUCAUCGACAAGCCUUCCAGUUCUCCCAUCGUGAUCACCACGCCGCCUCAGAUGCGUGCCGCCGCCGCAGCAGACGAGCAGGCUAAGGCCACCGCGGAGGAACCUGCGAAGGACCAGACUGCCGCCGUCACCGACGCCGCGCCCGAGGAGAAGGAAGAAGAGAAGGAGAAGGAGGGCGCCAGCCCUCUCCCCGAGGCGGCCACGAAGGAAGAGGAGAAGCAGCCCGAGAAGAAGACCGACGCGGAGGUUGAAGCGAAGCCUGCCGAGGUCCAGCCUACGAAGGACGAGGCCAAGGCCGAGGAAGUCAAGGCCGAGCCCGUUGCUCAGGAGAAGGACAAGACGGAGGAGGAAAAGAAGGUCGCCGCCGAAGCCGCCGAACAGCCUGCCAAGGAGGAGCCCCAGCCUGCCAAGGAAGCGGAGCCCACCACCAAGGAGGAGGAGGCCGCCGCGCCCACUUCCGAGAAGGCCACUGAGGAGCCCAGCAAGACCGUCAAACAGAAGCCCGCUGCUGCGACCGAGGACGGCGGCAAGAAGGCGUCGGCUGACAACAAGAAGACCAAGUCUGGAUCGCGCAAGGCCACCUCUUCGAAGAAGGGCGACGAAGGCGAGUCGAAGGCGGCAGUCGUCGCUUCGAGCACCGACAAGAAGGAGGACCAGCCCCAGGAGAAGAAGGAGGCCGAGGAGCCCGCCAAAAAGGACGAGGCGGAGCCCCAGGCCGAAGAAAAGGCUGCCGAGACCGAGGACGAUGAUGACUGGGAGGUCAAGGCGGAGAAGGAAGACCUGGUGCUGCAGAAGGAUAUCUCCCUGCGUCCGACCUACGCCGGCUCCAACGCUCCGGGAUCGUUCAGGCCGACGAUCAACCCGCAGGCUGACGCCUCCUGGAACGGGUCCGGCACCAAGAGGACCUACGACCGUGACUUCCUCCUCAAGUUCCAGACCUACUGCCGCGAGCGCCCCGAGGGCCUGCCGUCGGUGGAGGUGAUCCUGGGCAACGAGGACAAAGGCAAGGGUGGCGGCGGCGGCGGCGGAGGCCGCGGAGGCAAGGGUGGCCGCGGAGGCGGCAUGGGCAGCAGCGGCGAGUGGUCGCGUGGCGCCCAGCAGCAGUUCUCCGGACGCGGUGGUCGUGGCGGCCCUGGUAUGCCCGGCAUGCCGUUCGCUCCCGUGCCCGGCAAGUUCGGCGCACCCCCCGGGCUGGCUGCUCCCAUCGCCCGUGGUCCCGGUGGUCGUGGUGGCGGCCCGCCAGGCGGUCCCAUCCGCCGCGGUCCCAAGAAGAUCCCCGGCCGAGAGACCCCGCCCCCUGGCAUCAUGCCGCCGCCGGAGCCGGUCGCCCCCAUGACCGACAAUCCGUCUGUGUGGAAGCCAAGCCGUCGCAGAGGCGACGACAACGAAGAGAUCUACGGUAAAGUUCGAAGCAUCCUCAACAAGCUUACGGGUGACAAGUUCGGACCGCUCAGUCAGCAGAUGGUGGAUCUGCUCAAGUCCAAGGCCACGGACGUGGAAAUUUUGAGGGAGAUCAUCAACAUCAUCUUCGACAAGGCGCUUGCCGAGCCCGGCUUCAGUACCAUGUACGCCGAGCUGUGCCGCGUGCUCGAGAAGAACUGCCCCACCUUUGAGACCAACAAGGAGGGCAAGCCUCAGACCUUCAAGCGAAUUCUGCUGAACCGCUGCCAGGAGGCCUUCGAGCACAAGCCGCACGACGAGACGGUGGAUAACGAUCCCCUCAAGAAGGAGGAGGCCGACAUGAAGCAGAAGCGACGCAUGAUCGGCAACAUCGUGUUCAUCGGUGAGCUGUACAAGGAGCACAUGCUGACGGACAAGAUCAUGCACGAGUGCGUCUUCCGCCGACUGCUGGGCGACAUCAAGAACCCGGUCGAGGCCGACCUCGAGGCCCUGUGCAAGCUCAUGAACACCAUCGGCAAGGUGCUCGACGUGCCCAAGGCCAAGGGCUACAUGGACGCCUACUUCAAGCGCAUGAAGAACCUCACCCAGAACCCCAACAUCCCCUCGCGCAUCCGCUUCCUCCUCCUGGACGUGCUGGAUCUGAGGGCCAACAGGUGGACCUCGUCGGUGACGGAGAAGCCCGCCAAGCCUGGCGCCGGAGGCCGCGGUGGUGCUCCCCAACAGCAGCACAAGCCCGCUCCUGCUCCCGCUGCCACGUCGGGCGAGUUGGCGGUCGCGGUGCUGCGUAUCGCCCGGCUGGCGCUGGCGGACCCUCGCACGGCCCUCACGGAGGCCCUCGCGGUAAUGCCGAAGGAUGGGAAACGGAGUGGAGGUGGAGGCGGCGGCGGAGGCGGUGGUAGCGAGCGUGGCCCACCGGUGACGCUGUCGUCGGGCGAGGUGGUGCUGGGUCCCAACCAGUCGCGCAUGGGUCCGACGAUGGGCGGUACGGGAGCCAAAGGCUGGCGCGACGUCAGCAAACGCCCGCAGGAUAGCCGGCGGGACGCCACCCCUGCCUCCCGCCCGGGCUCCGGCCCCGCGCCGGCCCCGGCCAAGGGCAACAUCUUCGCCGCCCUCUCCGACAUCUCCGAAAAGUCGCCCCAGGCCGAGUCCAGGCAAGCGGGCAGGCCCGCAUCGCGAGACCGCAGCCGAUCGAGGGAGGGACGAGAGCCGCAGCCCUCGCCCCGCGGCGGCGACCGAGCCGAGAAGGCUGAGCCUCUGCCUUCCCCGCGGUCGCGCGCUGAGAAGGAGGACGAGUCCGUCGUUGGCCCGCUCGACCCGGAGACCGAGAAAUCGAUCAAGCUGCUGCUGGAGGAGUUCCUCGACACUCAGGACGAGGACGAGGCCCGCCAGUGCGUGGACGACAUCGAGGCCACUGGCUUCCAGCCCCACCUCGUGAAGGCCAUCAUCGUCAUGGCGACCGAGAAGAAGGAAGUGGUCCGCGAGAUGCUCCUUCAGCUCAUCACCCACUUCACCAAGAAGUCGACCAUCACCGCCCCUCAGUUCGUUGCUGGUCUGCGUCUGGUGCUGGAGCAGCUGGAUGACAUUAAGCUGGAUGCCCCGCUCGCCCCGAAGGUGGUGGGCCAGUUCAUGGGCAGCGCCCUCCUGGACAACUACCUCGACGCCUCCUUCGUCGUGCCGGCUCUGGAGCCCCUCGUGGAGAGCGGAUCGGCCAUCUCCGUGCUGGUCGGCCUCUUCAACUUCUACAUCGAGAACACCAGCAUCGGCGAGACCCGGGACUUCGUCAAGGAGGCCGGUUGGGAUAUCACCAGCAUGUUCAAGACCAGCAGCCGGAACGCGACGAGCAUCUCGGAGUGGCUUCAAGUCAACAACUUGGACACGGUCUUCCCUGUCGCAUGGGCUCACGGCAAGCUGCAGGCGAUGCUCGCGAGCGGAGACGACGCGGAGAAGAUUUUGAAGUGGAUCGAUGAAAACGUCUCCAGGGAGGCCUCGCGCGACGAGGAGUUUGCCCAGCGGCUCACGCGCCUGUUCCUCGAGUUUGUCGCCGCCCGCACCAAGUCCAUCAGCGAGCACGACAAGGUUGUGGAGGAGGAGACCAAGCUGUUCGAGCAGUACGCGCCUCUGUUGAAGAAAUUUUUGUCGGAUAGCCAGGCGCAGGUGGACUGCCUGUCCGUGGUCCAGCGCUUCUGCUUUGAGCAGAAUUUUCCUGAGGGACUGCUGGAGCGGUUGUUCCAGGUGCUCAACGACGCCGAGGUUGUGGAUGAGGAGGCCUUCCGCGAGUGGGCUGCCGACAAGCAGGACUCGUUCGGCAAGUCCCAGGCCCUCGCUCAGCUGGCCAACUGGCUCAACGUGCUCGCUGAAAAGGACGAGGAGGAGGCCCACUAA